AUGAAUACUGCAAAUCAAUCUACAGAUCCAGAGGUAUACUACUUGAAGCAAGAACGCAUUGGCAAAGGCUCUUUUGGCGAAGUGUUCAAAGGACUGGACAGACGCACAAACAAACCAGUUGCCAUCAAAAUCAUUGAUCUCGAAAGUGCAGAGGAUGAGAUUGAUGAUAUACAACAAGAAAUAGCCAUUCUGUCACAACUGGAUUCACCCUUCGUAACAAAGUACCAUGGAUCAUAUCUUAAGGGUACUGGCUUAUGGAUUAUUAUGGAAUAUUGUUCAGGUGGUUCCUGCAGUGAUUUGAUGAAAAUGGGCACUAUUCGAGAGGAGUACAUUGCGAUUAUCAUCAAGGAACUGCUGAAAGGCUUGGACUAUCUUCAUAACGAAGGAAAAUUGCAUAGAGAUAUCAAAGCUGCUAAUAUCUUGUUAAGUUCCACCGGUGAAGUCAAGCUGGCAGAUUUCGGUGUAUCGGGACAAAUUACUGCUACUCUCACCAAGAAGAAUACAUUUGUUGGAACUCCAUUUUGGAUGGCACCAGAAGUCAUCAAACAGUCUGGUUAUGACUACAAAGCUGACAUUUGGUCUCUUGGUAUCACAGCAAUUGAGCUCGCCAAUGGAGAGCCACCCUAUGCAAAAAUGCAUCCCAUGAAAGUGCUAUUCCAUAUACCCAAGAACGAGCCUCCAACACUUGGCCCCCCUCACAGUAAAGCAUUCCGUGAUUUUGUAAGCAUGUGUUUACAAACAAGCCCAGCCAACCGUCCCACUGCCAAAGACUUACUCAAGCACAAAUUUAUCAAGAGUAGCAAAAAGGUUGCCUAUUUGACUGAACUUAUUGAAGGACACGAGAGAUGGAUAAGUGCGAAUGGCCGUGAUGAUGACUCUUCAGAGGAGGAAGACAACGUGGAAGAGGAUGAUGCAGAUGGAUGGGAUUUUGGCACUGUCAAACAGGCACCACCACAACUAUCAAAGUCACCACUUCAGCAAAUGCAUCAUUCCCCAAGCCAAUAUUCUGUCAACAGUUUUUCGAUUGAAAACAAAUACCAACAGCAGCCACCACAGCAGUUACCGCGCACUGCGAGCAGAAACCAAGUAGCUCCUCAACAGCAACAGCAGCCAGCAGCUUCCUCUCGAGUAAAUGAAGUAACUAAUAAGCUACAGCAAACUGGAUUUAGACAUAGUACAAGCGAAUACGAAGACGUCAAUCAAAGUACUGUUCGUGCAGCAGAGAUUGGAGCUUAUUCUAGAUCCAGCAAGCGAAGCAGCAUGAUACAGCAGCCAGCUGUCUCUAACCCAUUACCACCACUUCCGAAUAAAUCUCCUUCUACACGAAGCGUUAGCACGAUAGCCUCCGUAAGACAACAACAGCAAGCCAAUGAUACAGCAUUUUUGGAGAUGAUUUUACCCAUGUUGGAUAGACUUCAAAAGAAUUGUAAAAACCACAAAAGUUUAGCAGCUGUGGAAUCAUUACAAAAAUCGCUGGUAUCUGUUGAAAGAGAGCUUCCUGGCACUGUAAAGGCUCUUUUUGAGGAUGUAUCACAAUUGCUGUAA